CAUUUUUAUUCAAGUGUCAUCAUAUUGUGCUCCUUCAAAACAACCACACUGUCUUUUUCCAGAGCAGCCUGUAUUUUUCUUGCGGUUACCUAUGGGUUUCCCUUUGUAUCCCGAACAAUUCUGGCAGUUAUGGCUGUAAUCUUUCUUGGUCUACCUGACCUUGGCUAUAACUAGAGAUUGAUGGCGAAUUAUUCAAAAAUUCGCUAUAACAGUACUGAUUGGCAUAUUCAAGGCUUUGGACAUCUUAUUAUGUCCUUUUCCAUCUUUAUAAAGUCCCAUUACCUUGUUUCGCAGGACUUUUGACAGUUCUUUUCUGAUCCCCAU